CCUUGGAUGCCUUCGUAUGAUCUCGGAAGCAACUUCCUUCAUGGGCACUGAUUAGAUAAAAGCUUUCUCCCUACCUUCAAUCGAAUCAAAGAAUAACUUUCCUGGUUCUACCUUCCUCCCCCCAUCUGCCCUGUCCGAUCGCCCGUCACUAUUGCAACAACCGAGCUUUCAAGAAGAUGAUACUUGGUUUCGGUUUCGAAUUCUCCCUUUUCCACCUCGCGAGGUUGAAGACCUUUCUCUUUACUCUCUGGUCGAGUACCUUCAACCGAAUUCCCUGCCCGGUCACCUGUGUUCUUCGUUGAUCCCAGCUACGAUUCAAGCACCCCCCAGAAUAGAAUGGAGAACGGCGUUGCUGCAUCGACCCAGCCCGAUCUGAGGCUGAAGUGGGACGUGUUCCUGAGCUUCCGAGGCGAGGACACGCGCAGAACCUUCAUCGGCCCUCUCUACGACGCGCUCUGGAGCAAAGACGUCCGGGCCUUCCGCGACAACGAGGGCAUGAACAAGGGCGACCAGAUCUCGCCGACCCUACUGGCGGCGAUCGAGGACUCCGCCAUGGCGAUCGCAGUGAUAUCGCCGAGGUACGCGGACUCGCACUGGUGCUUGGACGAGCUGGCGAAGAUAUACGAGUGCCGGAAGCUGAUACUCCCGGUGUUUUACGGGGUCGAGCCCUCGGACGUGAGGCGUCAGAGGGGGCCGUUCAAGGUCUGGUUCGAGCGUUAUGUAGAGCGGGAAGAUGCGUCGAGGGUUCUGGCUUGGAGAGAUGCCAUGAAACAAGCUGGUGGAGUCUCUGGUUGGAUCUUCAGCGACCAAGACGAUCGGAGAGAUAUGUUGCUGCUGAUUCAACAGAUCGUCCGCAGAAUUACGGAUGAACUGAAAAACGUUCCGCUCUAUGUGGCUCCUUUCCUCGUCGGACUGGACUCUCGCAUCGAGCAACUCCUCGUGUGUUAAGCGUCAAAUCCAGCGGAGUCAAGUUUCUUGGAUUGCACGGGGUUGGCGGUGUCGGCAAAACCACCCUUGCGAAAGCGCUCUACAACAAGCUCGUCGUGCACUUUGAGAAACGCUGUUUAGUUGCGGACAUCAGAGAAGCUUUCAUGCAAAGCGGUGGCUUGAUCUCUCUCCAGGACAAGAUCCUUAGCGUUCUCUCGCCCAACUGGCGUCCUUUGGAUGACUUUGGUUCUCGCAAGAAUGCAAUUAAGCAAGCCCUUGGCGAAAUGCAAGUCCUCCUCCUCUUGGAUGACAUCGAUGAUGCCAGUCAGCUCGACAUGUUGAUCAGUGGAAGAGAAUGGUUCCACGAGGGAAGUCGAAUCAUCAUCACAACCAGAAAUAAAGAGGCUUUGUCCACAAGAAACUAUGUGAUCGAACAUUACGAAGUGCCAGAGUUGUUCUUUGAUGAUGCAUUGCGUCUGUUCAGCUACUGUGCGUUGAAGAAAGAGAAGCCGACAGAUGAGUUCCUAGAACUGUCCAAGCAAAUCGUGUCUCUGGCUGGGAAUUUGCCAUUGGCCUUGGAGGUGUUCGGCUCUUUUCUGGUCGAUAAGAGGAGGAAAAGCGAAUGGGAAGGCACGUUGCAGAAGCUGACAGAGAUUCGCCCUGAUAAUCUCCAGGACAAGUUGAAGAUCAGCUAUGAUGGGCUCGAUGACGAGACCAAGCGCAUAUUCCUCGAUGUGGCUUGCUUAUUUGUUAAGACGCAUAUGACGAGAAAGGAAGCAAUAGAAAUAUGGGAAGGUUGCGGGUUCAAGGCUGAGAUUGGGCUCCGGGUUCUUGUCUCGAGAUCCCUUAUUAAGAUCAUGAAGGACGACGAUACACUGUGGAUGCACGAUCAACUUAGGGACAUGGGGAGACAGAUCGUGAGGCACCAGAAUGCCCAUGAUCCUGGCACACGCAGUCGACUGUGGGAUCGCAACGAAAUCAUGGCUGUCUUCAAGAAUGGAACAGGGACGAGGAAUAUAGAGGGGAUUGUCCUGGACUACCCACAUAAGCCGUUUGUGAUGGACCCAAGCAGCGAGAGGCUGUCGCGACGCAAUUUCAUUAGAACGCCCAACCUCACUUCCGCCAUUCAAUGUCUACAAGAGAUGUUUAGGGCAUUUUUUGAUUUUGGAGCAGAGAGAGAGAACGAGGCUGUGCUUUGUACCGAGUAUUUUAAACCGAUAAUUAACCUGAGACUACUUCAGAUUAAUCAUGCCAAAUUGGAAGGGAAAUUCAAGUUCCUGCCUCAGUCACUGAAAUGGCUGCAAUGGAAAGAAUGUCCCUUGACCAUUCUUCCUUCUGAUUUUUGUCCACGAGACUUGGCAGUCCUUGAUCUCACCUACAGCAAGAUUGAACGUUUGUGGAAAACGAACUGUAAUAAGGCUGGGGAGAACUUAUUGAUUAUAAAUCUUCGUGGCUGCUCUAAUCUUGCUAGUAUUCCAGAUUUAUCAGCAAGUCAAAGCUUGAAAAAACUUGUUCUCGAGCGGUGCACAAGGUUGACCCAAGUUCCUGAGUCAAUCGGGAGUUUGAAUGCUUUGGUCCACCUAAACCUUGAAUGGUGUACAGGGCUUGUUGGACUCCCAAAAGACGUAUCCGGGCUCAAGAAUCUGGAAGAACUCAUUCUGUCCGGUUGUGUAAAUUUGAAAGAACUACCAGAGGAUAUAGAUAGCAUGAAAUCUUUGAAGUUACUUCUCCUCGAUGGAACUCCUAUAAAAAGGUUGCCGAAAAGAUAUUCCACCUCACGCAACUUGAAAAGCUUCAUCUAAAUCAGUGCACUUCUUUGAAAAAGCUACCCACUCACAUUGGAAAGAUGGCUUCUCUCAGAGAACUCACUCUUAAUGAUACCGGAAUAGAGGAGAUACCUGAUUCGGUGCGGUCAUUGCAGAAUCUUGAGUUGUUGAGCCUUAUGAGGUGCGUCUCGCUGACUGAGCUUCCUGAAUUUGUUGGCGACUUAAAAUUGUUGAAGGAAUUGUUCAUUGAUGGAAGCGAAAUCAGAGAACUGCCUGCUUCCAUCUGUUCUUUGCGGUACCUAAAGACCCUUUCAAUUGGAGAUUGUCGGUUUUCAAGCCAUUGUCCUGACUCAAUUAAAGGAUUGCAUUCGCUUACAGAGCUUAGUCUAGGUGGACCAUCAAUCACGAGUCUACCGCCCCAACUUGGAGCUCUGAAGAUGCUUAGAAGGUUGGAAAUCCGGAACUGUGCAUCACUCGAAAGCUUACCAGAUU